UGCGUCGAAUCAGCUGUCAGAAAGGUGGAGGCAAGGGCAGGCAUAAAAAUGUGAACGUAACAACGACAUAACAACAGUCGGUGGAAUUUAUAUUUAGUAUGGCGAGGGCAGAAAAUGUCUCCCUUCACAAAAACAGCAGCACGAUACAACGUCAUUUCAGGAGAGCGAGGCGCGCAUCAGAACGGAAUCAGUAGCUCGGCUUCUGCUUCUCCGGUAACCGACGAGCUCUAAAGCAAGAAUAUUAAUAUUAAUAUCAGCGCGAUGUGCGCCGCCACCGCCGACGUAUCUGUUUAUCCGCGGGCUCUGCAUUCAUUACCGUGAAGUCGUCUCCCGGUUAGCGUGCAGGCACUAACAAACUGCAUUUGUGAAUGGUUCUAUGGGCCUGCUUUGAACGGAUGUUUUUUUCCCCCGUCCCUAACGUCGCAGUGAACUGCACCAUGGAUAGCGAAGCGCCUUCUCAUCGUGCUCCGCGCGGAGGGUGAAUGGGGAUGAGGAUGUUUACAAAAAGCAGCCAGCCGUCAGCGCACUGAUGCUCGGUCUCCUUGCAUAGAAUUUUACAUCUAAUCUUUAAUGACACGGUUGGAAAUUACUGUCACCUCCGUCUUUCCUCUAUGAAGAGGGCAAUGUCAUCGUCAGCAGACCGGCGUGGAUUUGUUGUUGUCUGAUUUUACUACUUGUCCUCUGCAAUUCGACUUCACACCGUUUAUGUAAUUGGGACGGGGGAAAGCUUUGAAAUCCCUUCCCCUAAUUGGUUCUCUAUACCAUGAGCUCUGGCUCCGCCCAGGAUGUGGCGGUGGAGAAUUUCCUGCGUGACAUAGAGAGGCGGGGCCAGUGGCUGCACUGUGCUGUUAUUGGCUGUGAGGAGGAGCAUCCCCGUGGCGACAUGAACCUGUUGUACCGCAAAAGUCGACUGGACUGGAGACACAGAGAUCAGGAGGGCAAGAAAAGCUCCAGUUAUAAAGAUGCCUCCUCCGCGACAGUUGGGAAGGUUCGGGAUCUGGCGUCAUUUCGGCGCCAUUUCCGAAUGGGAUUUAUGACGAUGCCAGCAUCCCAGGACCUUUCACCUCACACUUGUGCGGCCGCCAUGGCCCCACGCUCUCAAUCCUGCCAUGCUGUGGGCACCGGUGAGGGAGAGGAGAUGGAGAACGGAUAUUAUCCAGACUCAGACCCCCAAAACCAGUUAAAUCCCUCCCGUUGUCCACCAGCCAAGCCGAAACGUCACCCCAAUACUCGUCUAAGCUCCACACCCCAGCAGGAGCAUCCUUCCCGGGGGGUUCACGCACCACCUGACACUCCGCCACCUCCACCUCCCAGUCACCCAUCCAAACACCCAGAGAAGCGGAAUGCAAUGAAGAAGUCUGAUUCAGGUGAAAUGGCAGGACGGAAGGUACCUCCCUUGAAGCCCAAAAGAAGUCCAAGCACACAGCUCUCUUUUGACCCCCCGCCACCUCGGGUCCCGCCACCGACCACACCUCUUCCCUUCCAAAGCUCUGAACCCUCUCCACGGGGUGAGGGUGGAGAUGACGAGCCAGUUUACAUUGAAAUGGUUGGCCAGGUCUUUACCCGAGAGACUCACAGUGCCUCUACUCCUCACCCGCUCACACCCUCUGCCACCACGCCUGAUUCUGACUCAGACCAAGGAGAGGCCAUAUACGAAGAAAUGAAGUACCCCCUACCGGACGACGCGGCUCGAGAAGCCCACCGCCGCUUGCCACUCAAACACGAGCGUAUCAAGUCCUCUAAAGCGUACCACUCCUCCAUCAUCUCAUCCUCCACCUCCACCUCCUCCUCGCUCCCACGCCCCUCGUCCUCCUCUCCAGCCUGUUCCUCAUCCAAGCCUAAAGCUGCUGUCUCCAUCUCGCACUCCUCUCCUCUGCCUUCAUCCUGCUCUUCUGCAUCCUCCACUCCUGUACCUCAAGUCCUCUCCUCCUCACCACACCCUCCCCGUGCUCCCACACCCUUCCUGCUGCCAGGGUCCAAGUCAGAACAUGAGCCCAGCUCCAGUAAGAUCCCGGCUCCCUUCCCCAACUUGCUCCAGCACAAGCCUCCACUCCUGGCAUUUCCCCAGCCGGCUGCUGCCUCCAGUGGGGUAGGGGCUCAACACAAGACCAGCUCGGCCAAAAUCAGUGUGCAGUCAGCCUCCAGUCUGCCAGCAUCUACUAGCACCUCCUCCAGCAUGAGCUCCACCAGCACUUCCAAAGAGUCCUCUGGAGUUGAGAAGGAACGAGAGAAGGAGAGGAGGGAAGGACAGCUGGGGCCGGCACCUGGACUCAGAGCCCGCAGUCAUUCCACUCCUCUUCCUCCAUCGUCAAAGUCCUCCUCUCCAUAUUCCCACCACCAUCAUCACCAUCACCCUCACCACAGACCUUCCCACUAUCACCAUUACCGCAAGCCUGAGAAAGAGACGUCGUCAUCAAGUAAGGGCUCAGGACAGUCCUCCACCCAGACGCAGACACAGCCCAAAGAGGGCAAGUCUGUCAGCUUCCUGCUCAAGUCUGAGAAAUCUGAGAGGGAAAGGGACCGAGAGAGGGAUCGGGAUCGGGAUCGGGAUCGGGAUCGUGAUCGUGAUCGUGACGAUCGUGAUCGUGAUCGUGAUCGUGAACGGGAUCGUGAACGGGAUCGUGAACGAGAGAGAGACCUAAGCACGCCAUCAUCCAAUCAUUCUGAUACCCCUGCCUCAAGCACGUACACACACACUUCUCAAACCGGCACGAGCACCACACCAACCCUGAGUCAACCAUCAUCAUCCACAGCAGCUACGCCACCUUCCACCUCUUCUUCAUCCGCUCAGCGCCCUCCGUCUCGCUCUCACAUGCACCGGUCGCACACCCCGCACUUGUCUCAUGGCCUUCCUGCUUAUAAACCUCCCCCCUCCGACAGCCCCCUGCUCUGGACCUACCCCUCGGUUGGCUUCCGCCGCCCACCCGCCUACGAUAGCCUGCGCGGGGGCUCACAGUUGCCAUCCUUGCACACGGACCCCACUAAAACUGGAUCUGCAGCCCAUGCGUUGCAGGCUAAGGCCGGGUUCAUUCCCUGGGAGAGCGCAGCUGCCUUAGGGCUCACCGAAGAACAGGUUUACUGGCCCAUGCACCGAAAAUUAUCAUUCAGUCAUGGGAGCCGAGACACUGAGAAGGAUGAUGGAGGUGCGUGGAAUGGCAGUGCAGAUGCUCUAUUGAGGAGAGAGAGGGAUGACCUAGGAGUCAUGCGGAGUGGUGGACACUCUGGAAUACCUGUGCGGUCAACAGGGAGACACAGCGAGAGCUUGGCUGGGGUGGAUGGACCACCAGGGUUGAGAGGACUGAUACGAGCGGGACUGCCCUUACCCUGCCAAACCUUCCCAGCGUGCCGCAAUGGAGAGUUGGGUCGCCUUGGCAGAUCUUCCUCCACAUCAGGAGUGAGACAAGUGGGUGGUGACGUUCAAAGGCAGAGCAGCCUGCCGGCCAGAGAAGCACUCAACCAGUUUCACGCUCUCUCGCAGAUUCAGGCACAGGCUCAGGCUCCCUGCAGUCCGUCUCUGAGCCGGCAGCAGCAGCAGCAGUACCAGCACCAGCAGCAGGUCCAGCUCCAGUUCCAGCAGCUGGCUCAGCUCGCUGCACAGGCCCAAGCUCCCCUCAGCACGGGCACACCUGGCACCUCCACAGCCCCGGCCCAUCGGGACGGCAAGCUCCUGGAGGUGAUCGAGAGAAAGCGCUGCCUGUGUAAGGAGAUUAAGGCUCAUCGCCGGCCAGAUAAGAGCUUAUGUAAGCAGGACAGUAUGCCUAUUUUACCCAGCUGGAGGAAAACUCCGGAGCCCCGCAAGACUGGAACGCCACCCUGCCAGAGGCCACAGGCUGUGGUGUGGGACACGGCCAUCUGACGCAGGCAGAGAGAGUAAACAGAGGGUAGGGAGUAAGAAAGACAUGACUUAGAGAGACAUACAGAAUACAAAUCUUUUCUUCUUUUUUUCUCUUUUGCGUGUGAAAAGACAAAAUGGGAAUUAUAGGGGAAAUGAGAGAAGUGGCCUUUGAGUGAAGAGAUUCAAAUAAGACUGAAAAGACAAAGCGAGAGCAUUUUUUGCUAAGAGAAUAGCAUGAUUUAGAAUAAAUCUCUGUAGAAGCAGGAGAAAAUGUGUUCCACAUGGUGUUUAUGUGCCAUAUAGUUGCAGCAGACGAAACACACACGCGCACACACACACACACACACUGGAGAGAUGCCUGAGUCUUAACUCUCUCUGACCUGCUGCAAAUACAACCUGUGCUGCUGAGUUUACAAGCUUUUUGAAACACACUGGAAACCUUUGGAGCACCGCAACAUUCGUUCUCUGAAUAUAAACUAUUAGUGAGGAGAAUAGACAUGCUUUUUCCUCCAAGGAAUGAAGAAAUUAUCAAAACUUGAUGUGUAAAGAAUGAAGAGACGCUGAAAGAUCAUAGUGGAGCUUUUCUUCAUAUCAUAAACUGUCUGUGACUUUGGGCUUUUGUGUUUUUACUGACCAGAUUUACUCAGUUAUGCUGCUGUUUCCUGGGCACCCACUAGACUGAUGUUUUUUACAUUCCAGAAGAGUGUCAAAAUGUAUGUGUGUGCGUGUGUGUGUGUGUGUGUGUGUGUGUGGUGUCAUGGUGAAUGUUGUAAGAUGUAUCUUUGCAUUGGAGAUGUGUGAGGUUGGAAGUAACAUUGAUGAGAGGAAAUCCAGAUAAAUAGACAAAUUUGACAUGUAUACACAAAAAAAAGUCUUACAAAUUCAGACACAGGAAACGGUGAUGAAGGGCUGUGUGGUACUGUCGUAGUUUGUAGAGGAGAUUCAUUUGAAGUCUAAUUACUGCCUAUUGAUUGAGUGCCAAUUUGGUGAGUGUGUUGACACGCGUGUCUGCGUAUUUGGGGAGUAGAAGAAAAGCUGUUCAGCAGAAGUUACGUGACUUUCGUAGCAAUAUUUGUUAAAACAGGAGACUGAUCAUUAGCCCAGUCCAAUACAAAAUCAUGAUGGUGAAAAAAGACAGAUCCGCACUGCAUUAUUCACUUGAUGAAAAUAGUAAGAUCACAGGAUGAGCUUCAUUACAAAAUAGGAAAUAGACUGAGGACCAAUGCACAGGCUGCAUUAACACGAGGUGCCAUUGUGUUCACCUACAAACUGUCGGACCACCAUAUUUACGCAUCUGUUUACAUUUAAUCUGUAUUUGAGCAUAUCCGGAGCUAACGUCUAACUGUAUUUUUCAGUCUUUUUGGCACCAUAGUCUCAUGUGUCAAUCAAUUGGGGUUGCAGUGUCGUUUAAUAAGAUAUAAUAACAUAUAUAAAAGCUCUUAUCAUACUACAGUCAGAAUGAGCAGUCCAGUUACCCUGUCCUUUAAAGAAAAAUCAGUUUUGGAGCAAACUUCACCUCUUCACACUGUCCAAUGCUCAUGCGCACAUACAUAUACAGAAACGCACACACUCGCAGCGCCCUGCUGGGAAAAAUGGACACGCAGCGGCGCUCCUCAGACCAAUGCUGGAACUUUUUUCCGCACAAAAGAAAGCGAACCACAUGAUAUCGAGAUUAAACAAGAAGAAAAAACACUUGUUAAAAUCUGUAAAAUAAACAUGUACAACUGUAUUGAUUAUGUAGCAAUUAUUUCCACUUUCAUACUUGUAAUCAAUAAAUAUAUUGUAGCAUAUAAUGUAUAAAAGUACAAGGUGUUUAAUUGUUUUAUAAAGAAAUUUAGUAGUUUUAUCUGUGGCUACCUGUCUACACUGUACUGAAUGGACCGCUGAAAGGCGAGCCCUAUCUACUAAAGGCACAGUCUCAGACACACACACACACACACUCCAGCCAACCAAUGUUUUUUUCCGGCUAGUGUCAUGCAAGUCCCUUUAAGCAACUUAAGUCUGAUCACACUCAUACCCUCACCAACACACUCCACCCGGCUCGCCGGAAUAUCAGUUGUAUAUUUUUGAAGUACUUCUGCUGCUAUAUUGAAUUUCUACUAUUGCUUACAUGUCCCUCACUGCUGUUUUUAUUUCUUUUCUUCAUUCUUUUGAGUGCUCUUUGAGAUUUGUUUAUUUAUUUUUUAUUUUUUUUUAGAUCAUGCGAUGGAGUUUUAAGGAGUGGAAUCUUUUGUAACUGUUGGCAAUUGAAUGUUUCUCAGUUGUUGUUGUGGUUGUAUUUAAAGUUGUUGUUGUUUUUCCGAAUAGUUAGCACCACCAACCUGUACAGUUCUCACCCUGGCAACACUUCUGUAAAUGUGAUGGCGACAUUGCAGUGAUGUUGCCAAGGGUUUGACAUGUUGUCACCACGACACCAGGGUUUCACUGCACCACUCGGGUGGCCAUUUGAAAUACAGUCUUUAUCAAACAGUACGGAGGACCACAGUAGAGGAGGGCUGGUGCAAUGCAUGCUGGGAGUUCUUGAUGGAUUCCCUUAAUCAUUCAGUUCAAGGUUGGGCUGCGUCCCAGUCUAUAUAAAUUGUGCCCAGUUUUUACUUCAGAUAUACUAAAUAAUCAUCUAGUGGCAAUUUAUUAAGAUGAAAAGGGUAACUUAAGUAUUAUUGGGUAAACUAGUUUACAGAAACUGUCGGCUUUGCGUGUCUACAUAAACGGUGGCCAUAUUAUGAGUGCCAUAAUAUAUUGGUAU